GUCUGACUGAGCACCUGCCUCCAGUUAAACCUGAUGAGGUGCUCUCAGUGUGUUUAAGUGCGUCAACAGGCUAUAUGCUGCUGAAUUAAGUCACUUCAUAGCAGAAAUAUCCUUUAAACAAUAGUAUACACAGAGAGAGGCUGUACAAAUCUCUCUUACUAGAAGACAACUUUAGCUGAAAGGGGAUCAGCACACUUUUAAGGGACAUUUUGGAGCCAAGAAUGAGAUUAUUGAUCUGACCUUUGAAGGAGGAGACAAUAUGCAGUCAGUCGAUAUGGACAUCACCGGUGAAGUUUCUCCUUCCAGCUCUUCAUCCCAGCUGGUAUUUUUUUUUCUUUAUCUUUUUGGCUUCACAUCAGACUCUCACUUUGAGAGGUCACACUUUCAUUCAUUCAUUUAUUUUAUUUUGUUGGUUUUGGAGAGGUUCUCAUGCAGACAUUUUUGACUUAUAAAUAACAAGAUACAGCCAGCUCCUCUCUUUUAAGGUGUAUUUGGUGGUCUGAUUGUUGGUCUUUGUUUGCAGAUUGAAGCUCCAGGUGUUGCAGAGCAGCAGACCAUGAGAGUUUACCUCAGAGUCAGGCCUUUCUCCAAGGAAGAACUCUCUGAAAAAGAGGAUCAGGUUCAGAAGAUGAUACUUGGUCCAUAAUCAAAGCUGCUAUUAUUCACAACAUGACAUAUAAUUUCAUGACACUUACCAUUUUACUGUAUAUGGCAAGAUGAUGUGACAUGGCUCCCCCAUACUUAUUUUAGGUUAUAACUUAUUCAAAACAUUAAUGGGGGGCUAAGGCUGUACUCAUGGAAGUCCAUUACUAAGUUUGUCAUUCAGCUGCAUAGAGUUGUCAGGGGGGGGGGGGGAUAAAAAGAGACUGAUGGUCAACAUCUGGGGGACCCCUCAUGAGAGUGCAGCACAAGAGGAGGAGGCAUUUCUAAGCACGAUAAAAAGACCUGUUUGACAGACAAGAAAUAAACCAGUUCACCUCCACAUCACUAAUUCCAGCAGAGUAUUUUACACCAAAACAUGUUCAUCUUUGCAUUUAGCUAAAUGUAAAGUACAUCAGGAGACUUGCAACACAUCCAAUACUGACAACUUUAUUUGAGCAAUUUGACAGAAAUCGCUGAUAAAAAAGAGAGAAAAAUCUAAAAUGGGUCCUAAGAUGCUUGAAACACCACCCAUCGUCCAACCCCCACACUCAGACAAGUUGAAUGAAACUCAAACAUGCUUCUCCAAUCUUUUUCAGUGUUGUGCAUAAACAUUAAUGCAGCAUUCAGUUUGCUUCACAGUGAUGCUUUUUAACUUGAGGUUUUGCUCACCACAAAAGUUGUCUUUCAUGUCAAUUGCUUAUUCAUUUUUGCACAUUUUUUUUCAUUCAGGGGUGUGUCCUGAUAGAAAACAGCCAGACGGUGACCCUGAAUGCACCAAAAGGUUCUGCCACCCUGAAAAGCAGCGAGAAAGGCAUUGGCUUGUCAAUCCAUAAAUUCUCCUUCUCACAGGUUGGAAAAAUCAGCAACUGUGGUGUUCUUUUCCAAGCUGAUGAGACAUUUAUGAAAUCCUUUUUCCCACUGACACAUCUUUUUUUGGCAACAGAUUUUUGGUCCAGACACCACUCAGUCCAAGCUGUUUGAGGACACCGUUAAAGGCCAACUGUCUAAUUUCUUGGAUGGAGAAACUGCUGUUAUAUUCAGCUAUGGAGUCACCAAUGCUGGAAAAACCUACACAAUCCAAGGUAAAUAAGCAAAACAACAAUGCUCAUGAAGUUUUCCUGCAGGUCCGAGUGUUUUUUUAUGUUUCAGGGAGUCAGAAAGAACCAGGAAUCCUCCCUCGAGUGCUGGAUGCCACUUUUCACUACAUUAGCAGCCGUCAGUAUAAAGGAAUGGACAUGAAACCUCACCUCAGGAAUGAUGUACAACACCUAAAUCCUGACCAAGUGAAGCAAGAGAGGAGUGCUAAAGCAGCUGUUUUUGCUUCAGUCAGAGAUGUGAGAUAAGUUCAUCCUCAACUCAGUCAAGUGUCAGCCAAGCAGCUGAAGAAACAGCCCUGUUUCUACAUUUGUCCAAUUUAACAGUCACAUUAGAUGAUUAAAUUGACCGUUAAAAGUCAGCAGGAUGAGGUUUGAUGUCAAAUGUCCCCACUUAAGCGUUUAGAAGACAAGAAAAGCAAGGACUGCUCAGUCCACAAGUGGGCGCUGUAUUUGACAUUGAGUGGGCUGAUAGGGAUGCCCUGUUUAGUAAUACAAUUCUUGUACCAUGGCAUCCAUUCAUUGGGGUUAUUGUAAGGUCAGUCGAUCAUAUAUAAAGCUUUUGAUUGGUCAACACACCAUAAUAAAGAUGUGAGCCUUUGAUUUGCAUAAUUGGCAACAAUAGACAUACCACUAUUUUUCUAGUAUUGUCACAUAAAUCAUCUCAGAUUAUGUUUGUUUGAGAGGGAUUGGGUUCAGAUACUUUCUGAAAAUUUACUGAUUGUCUCCAUGGGGGUAGAAAAGCCCCUGGAUGACAGAAACACCAUUCAACGCUGUAAAGCUGCAGGUCUCAUGAAGCCAGUGCAUUUUACCCUAAGCCAGUUACACAGUUUUAAUUGCAGAGCUGAUACGGUAAACACAAGAAAACUUGCUGACCAUGACAGCAUUUUGGGCUGCCCUCAUCUUCUGUUUGCCAUGAUGACUUCCUUGGCUGCUGUUAUGGUUUUGUGAUACAAGGAACAAUCAGCUUGUAGGAGCUCCAGCUUGUGUCAAAGGAUGUCUAGUCAAGGUUUCUUUUUCCAUGUGUUUCCUUUGUUCACAGACUGACAUAGAAACCUGACGAGCAAGAGUUAAGUUGGGACUUUGUAAGGGAGAUUUGUUUGCUGAACUUGUAAGGAGUUAACUUUUUAGUUCAAGCUUAAUUGCUGUUGGAUAGCUGCUACACAUGAUCAGGAUUGCAUUAAGGCAAUCGUCCCCAUAUUUGCCCUACACCCCGACAACGGAAACCAACACCCUUCUGACACUAAAACUUUGUCCCUCAGCUAAAAGUAAAAGAUUUUGCUGCUCAGAUGUUUCCUGUAAAUAGGAAUUAAAUUGCAGUCUGCUUCUGAAGCUUUGAAAUGAUCUAUUUUCUUCUGAAGCUUUGACACAAUCUAUUUUCUGUCCCUGAGCAGGAAUGUGAUUCUCUCAGAGCCAGUGGAUGCUCAGACUUCGACUCCUGCUCCAGCUCUGCUCUCUCAUCCUGCGACCAACAUAAUGGUACUCCUUAAUAAUAAAAAAAUAGGAUUUUCAGUGUCUUGCAUGUUAAGUGCUUUAAUUUUCCAAGUUUACAGAAGAACUUCUUUAUUAGGAAUAAUGAAUGACACCACUUUUUUCCUCCUAAUUUCUCUUCUCCUGCUCCUCUGUGCUUGUACUCUUUAAUGGCAGCGAGCGACCAGUCAGACUGCAGUCAGUUUGCUUUGUGGGUUGCAUUCUUUGAAAUCUACAAUGAGUGUGUGUAUGACCUGCUUCAAACUUCGCUGUACUCCAAAUCUAAGAAACGUGCUUCUCUCAGAGUGUGUGACGACGGGGCUGGAAAUGCUUACAUUAAAGGUGAGCACAUCACUUCACCAUAUUCUCUGAUCUCAUGAGAAACAAAUCAGGAACUGUUGGUGCUGCUGGGGGGCCUAAAGUCAGGAAUUAAAACCAUGAUGUUUGGAUUUGACUUCAGAUCUGAGGUGGAUUAACAUCCAGACUCUGAGUGAAGCCAGCAGACUACUUCAGUUUGGAAACAGGAACAGAAGCGCUGCAGCCACUAAGAUGAACCAGUCAUCCAGCAGAAGGUCAAUUCAUUUCUGUACUCUUUUAAAUCUUAAUUUCAACAUUUUACUGCUUGAAACUCACUCUUUGUUCUUUACAGCCACAGCAUAUUCACCAUGAAGUUACUGAAAAUUGAUGGCAGCUCAGUCAAAAGAAUCUCAGAGUUUGUAUCAUGCAUGAUUUCAUCAAAUACUGACUUGUGUUUGUUUGUAUCCCAGUUUUUUUCUCUGACUGGUGUGAAAUAUUUGCACAUUGGGUUGAUUUUUGUCAUGUUAAUGCUCUGCACAAACUUUAACAUGAAACCAUAACAUCUCUCAGAGCUAAACUUGAAAAUCUUCUUGCACUUAACCUCUGAAGAUCCAUUAGUCUUACAUUUAAUACAUAUUUAUCAGUCCCUGCAGGGCCAGACCGGGAGAAUGCACUUAGUCUCGUUCCAAGAGUGACUAUCAAUCUGUCUCCAUGUAUGAGCUGUUACUGUGAAAACACCACAUUACUCACGCUAUCAAAGACAUACAGGAGAUUAAGUCUACUUCUUUAAAAUAAGAGCGCUCAAAAAUCUUACAGUGCAAGUUCUUGAAGAAGAGAAAAGACUGCAUGUUUAGCCAGCGGGUCAGUUAUGAGGCCAGGCCACCGGGAAACAUCCCUGGUGCUCCUUGUGGCCAGUCUGGCUCUGAAUCUCUGGUGAGGGUGUUCCUGACUUCUGUUUUGAGGUUUUCUCUGUGUGACCUGGCCGGCUCAGAAAGAUGCAACAAAACAAAUACCUUGGGAGAGCGACUGAAGGAGGCAGGAAACAUCAAUACCUCCCUCCUCAUUUUGGGGAAGUGCAUUACUGCACUCCGCAACAGUCAGACAGACAGGUACAGGUGGACAUAUGUGUAAGGUGUUUGUCACCAGCUGUGGAAAUGUGUGUGGGUGACUUCUAUUUUUCUGUAUUUUCCAUCAGAAUGAAGAACGGCUACAUUCCUUUCAGAGAGAGUAAACUCACCAAGCUCUUUCAGUCCGUAUUCUGUGGUAAAGGACGGGCUGCAAUGAUCGUCAACAUUAACCAGUGUGCCUCUACCUACGACGAGACUCUGCAUGUGAUGAAAUUCUCUGCUGUGGCCAAACAGGUCUGAGUCUGAGUGCGGGAUGGCUGUGGAGAAGAUGCUAAAUCUGUUUCUUUUCUCAUCUCUUCUGAUGUUUCAUCUGCAGGUGCUUCAGGUGAUCCCAGACAAACACCUGGAAUCUCUGGCUCUUUGUUUGGUCAGUCAUGAUGGAAAGCCUCUGGUGAAGAAUGGGGUGAUUGCCAGCCAAGCCCUGGAGAGCUACCUGUCUGAAGAGGAGUUGCUGAAUGAGGAAGAUGAGGCUGACAUGACUCUGCUGCCUCAGAAUGUAAAGCUUUUACUUUUACAUCAUACUAAGACACAUUUUAUGAUUUUCUCUGAUGUAGUACAAUCACAAUUUUGAAAUUCCCCUUUUUUGCCUGGGGCUCCAAGCAUACAGAGAGACCGCACCGCAUGUAUGUAUAUGUGUGUCUGUCUGUCUGUUUAUCUAGCUAGCUAUCACUCUCUUUCAAUCACAAAGUACAGUUGUUCAUUUAAUUGACAGGAAGAUGUUUGAAUUUUACUCUUAUAGGAGCUUGUGGGUAUGAUUGAGGGCCUGCGAAUUAAACUGUUAGUUGAGCGAAGAAGAAAUCUGGUCCAAGAAAUGGAGAUUCGUAAGGAAAUGGGGGAUGCCAUGUUACAGCAGCUCAUGGAGAGCGAAGAACUCCGCAGGUAACUCCAGUUUUUCUUUGCUUAAGAAAGUUGGUCAUUUUCUUACCCACUGAUUUCCUUUUUUGAUAUUUCUUCUUAAUAGUGGUCCUUAAUAUUUAAAUCUUAUGUUUGUAAUCAUAUUGGUAAAGUACAUUCUUGAAAUCUAAAUGAAAUUUUAGUUGUGAGGUAAAAAUGGCUUCUGUUGGAUGUUAAUGAUGGACGAGAGGUUGCUGCAAGACUGGUCUCUCCGUAUUAUCUUUAAUUUUUGUCAUUUUUGCGAGAUUUUUUUUCAUAUUUUUGUUGUCAUUUUGUUGGCUGCUGAUGGAUACUUCUGCUGGGCGAAGAGUGUACUUGAGAGGAGCUCCUUUCAUAGAGGACAAGCAAAUCUGGACAACAACAUACAAUUCCAGAGGACAUCAGGAGGUGUUAUCGUGGUUGCCAUGCUGGUGAAAAGGUGAAGGCAAAGCUGAAUGCUAGGAGGUGGUGAUAUUGACCCUUUCUUCCAUCAAUCAUCAUGGGAAACAUCAACUCCCUGCCCAAUAAAAGCAAUGAGCUGGAGAUCUUGGUGAAGCCUGAGAAAUCAUAGUGUGAGUGCAGUUUCCUGUGUUUUACUGAAACCUGGUUGAAUCAAAACAACUCUGACUCCAGUGUGGAUCUACCUGGCUUCACUCUUAUAAGGUCAGACAGAGAUGCUCAAGCUAGUGGCAAGAAGAAAGGAGGAGGUCUGGCUUUAUUUGUCAACCAGAGAUGGUGUAACCCUUCACACAUAACUGUCAAGGAGAAGUUGUGUUGUCCAGAUAUUGAACUGUUGGCAGUUGCUCUUCGGCCAUAUUAUGUAUCAAGAGAAUUUAGUCAUAACAUAACAAUAGUUGUUUACAUUCCACCCAAAUCAACUGAAGAAAUUCCGUGCAAUGUUUUGCAAAAUAGUGUUGCCAGGCUACAGACUCAACACCCUGAGGCACUAAUAAUAAUAUCAGGAGAUUUCAACCAUGUCACCCUCUCCUCUCACCUGACUGGAUUCACACAGUUUGUGAACUGUCCUACCAGAAAACAAGACCCUGGAUCUCCUGUAUGCCAAUGUCAAAGAAACCCACAGAGCCACUGCCUUACCACCACUGGGCAAGUCAGAUCAUAGCUUGGUCUAUCUGCAAACCUGUUAUAGACCUGUACUGAGGAAAGAGCUGAUGAACUCAACCUGUUCUUCAACAGAUUUGACACUGCUGUCACACCCACUCCCACUGCUACUCCACCUUCCUCUCCUUAACAAAUCUCCACUACAACUUCUCCCCUUCCUCCUCCAUCUCGUUCAAAUGUCUCAACCACUUCAACUGCCACCCUCCUAGAACACCAAUCCUUGUCUGUCACCAAAACAGGGGUGAGGAUGGAGCUUGGGAGACUUUGCCCUGGGAAGGCAGCUGGUCCUGAUGGUGUGUGUCCAAGACUGCUUAGAGACUGUGCUGCAGAACUGUGUCAACCUCUCCACAGGAUCUUCAACCGGAGUCUACACCAGGGCGGGAACCUGCUCUGUGGAAAACAUCCUGCAUUGUGCCAGUACCAAAAACAAAAUGUCCUGCUGAACUCAAUGACUACAGACCAGUGGCCCUCACUUCACACAUCAUGAAAACCCUGGAGCGGCUGAUUCUACACCUUCUGAGGUUGGAGACAAACUGGAUUCCCUGCAGUUUGCAUACAAAGAACACAUUGGAGUGGAUGAUGCUGUCCUCUAUAUGCUUCACCGUACCCUGUCUCAUCUGGAGGAACCGGGGGUUUAUGGGAGGAUCAUGUACUUCGACUUUACAAGUGUAUUCAACACCAUCCAACCCACCAUACUCAAAGACAAGCUCACAGAGAUGGGAGUGGAUCCUUCCUGUAUUUCCUGGAUCGCAGAUUACCUGACAGGAAGGCCACAGUUUGUCAGGCUAAGGAACUGUGUUUCUGGGACAUUAAUGAGCAGUACAGUGGCUCCACAAGGGACAGUGUUGGCGCCAUUCCUGUUCACACUGUAUAUGUCAGACUUCAAAUACAGUACUGAGUCCUGCCACAUCCAGAAAUACUCAGAUGACACCGCCAUUGUGGCAUGUAGAAGAAAUGGUCAAGAAGCUGAAUACAGAGAUCUGAUAAGAGCCUUCAGUGAUUGGAGUCACAAAAACUGCCUCCUCCUCAACACCUCAAAGACAAAGGAGAUGGUCAUAGACUUCCAUAGAUCCAAAACCCCUCUUCAGCCAGUGAACACCUGUGGAGUGGACAUCGAAGUGGUGACAUCAUAUAAAUACCUAGGUGUACAUCUGGAUAAUAAGUUGGACUGGUCUAAGAAUAUAGGCUACAUCUACAGAAAGGGGCAGAGACGCAUCUUUUACUUGAUAAGACUCCGAUCAAUAGACAUCUGUAGUAAGAUGCUGCAGAUUUUUUAUCAGUCUGUGGUGGCAAGUGUUCUGUUCUAUGCUGCAGUGUGCUGGGGAGGAAGCAUCAAACACAAAGAUGCAAGACGUCUUAACAAACUGGUGAAAAAGGCUGGCUCUGUGGUUGGAUUCAGUUCAGCUGGACUCAGUGGAGGAUGUGGUGGAGAGAUCUACACUGAGGAAGGUGGAGUCUAUUCUAAAGUACAUGGAUCACCCACUUCACAACACCUUGAUGGACCAAAUGGUGGUGGACGGCUCCUCUCUCUUCACUGCAGGACAGAAAGAUUCAGAAGAUCUUUUGUACCAACAGCCAUCAGACUUUAUUCCUCUUGUGUAAAUAGUAGAUAACUGUAAAUAGAUAACUUUUAGAGACCUGUCAUGUGAGACAACAGGCAAUUGAAUUUACCUUUGGGGAUUAAUAAAGUUCUUCAGUCAACAGAUAGAAGAGCUGAAGGAGAGUUACCAGGAGAAGCUGGAGAACACUUUUGAGAUGUACAAAGACGCAAUCAAAGAGCAUGCUUACCAGAGCGCCAUGAACAACUUGGAAGAUGAUUAUGUGCCUCUGGACGAGUUCCUCAGAGAGCAGGAGAAAGUGGAGGUUUGUCAUCUGAGCAAAUCUAAACCUUAAGUUUUGAAGUUUUUACGCACUGUAGGAAAUUAAAUCCACUCCUUCUUUCACAUUUGACACAAAAACUGUUCAACCAUUAGUUCACACAGUCUCUCACAGAGUGGUGAACUUCUUCCCAUCUUUCCCUGUAAGACAUUUGUCCUCUGUGUGCUCUUUUCUUUUCACAUCAUGCUAAAGAAUUUGACCCUUACCUUAUUUUUACUUUGCUUCAACUUGAGUCUCUUCUUGACUUUGCAGGCCCUCAAGCAUAAAGUGUCAGAGUUGGAGAACUUAAUGUCGACCAGUGUUGACCAUCUGCUGUGUACCACUCAGCCACAGAAAGGGAUGGAUUCAGCAGGUUGGCUCACUGUCCGUGUGAUGUUUUUUAUUUUUGUUUGUUUGUUUUACCCAUUUUAUUUUCUUCUUGAAGUUUCUUAUUUGCAUUUUCUGUUCAGUGUAGCAUGUAUUUGUUCUUUUCAUACUCUACACUCCUGCAUCUACAUUUCUGCUGAAUUUUGUGGUCAUGCAGCUCACUCCAUCCAGACUGCAGAUGAUCGAUGCAACCAACUAUUUAGAGAAAAAAAUGCCACAGAGAGGAUGUGUGAGGAUAAACAGAAGGUAACAACUACAAACAUUAGAUCCUGCAUCAGUGAUACUUGUUUUAUAACUGACUUGGUUUUCUAUUUGAUGUUUGGUUCAGCUGAUGGAGCUCAGUGACACUCUGCAGAAAGUCAGAGAGAGUUUCCUGGAGAAAUCAGCUGAUGUGGAGGCUCUGCAGAGGAAGGUUGAUGAUCAGGUGAGUAAGAGGGACUGAAAAACUUGUGACCCCAAAAUGGCAAAAAUGUGGGACUCACCAGUCUUGGAGGAUGUUCAUUCAGUUUAAUUAUGCAGAAAAGCUGAUCACAGCCAUGACACAGUACUGAAGUCUUUUAAAAUGGCAACUUUCUGGCUUUAAGAAAUCAUAACAUAAAGCAAGAAAAAAAUGUGGUAACAGUUUCUUCUUUAGAAUAAGCAGAGGGAAAUAAAAAUGCCAUUGCAAAUAACAGACAGACAAAAACCCUACUACACACCACAAGUACCUUGUUGCAUCACCUUUGGCUUCUCUUACAGCUUGCAGUCUCUGAUGCAUGGGCUUUACAGGUGACAAAUGGUACUCUCCAUCAUUCUGGUUCCAACUUUCUCUGAUCACUGUUGACAGAUCAGCUUUGCUGUUUACAGAUCAGCUUUGCAGGUUGGAAACUUGUCACGGGCCAUUUUCUUUAAUUUCCACCACAGAUUUUCAAUUUGAUUGAGAUCUGGACUAUUUGCAGGCCAUGGCAUUGACCAUAUGCAUCUAUCUUCAAGGAAAGUUUUCACAGCUUUCUCAAAAUUAAACAAUUGAACAUCCUAAAAGACCGGUGAUUUCAUCAUUUUGCCAGAGCUUGUAAAAUGUGCCAAAAUACCAAAAACUGAUAAUCAUCCUUUUUUUAACCACAUACUGUUGAAUUAUUGCAGCAUGCAGUUUGACAGUUCAUCUUUCUUUCUGUCCUAGGAAAAAUCCUUGGAGGAAGCCCUGCGGCAAAAUUUUGAAAAGGACCAGGAGAUUUCCUCACUGAAGGCCCGGCUCACAGAGCUCUUACAGAAAUCUCCUAUGCAGCCAAAAACCAAACGUUGGCCAAUGUUAAGGAGGCGGUGACUUCCCCACGCAAGACAACGACCAGCUGACCGCUGAGGAAGCUGCUCAGGACUACACAGCACUGAAAACCCAGCAGCAUGAAGUGUUCUGGACUAUCAGUGGAGCAGCUCUUUUCUUGUUGUCUUUUUUAUUUUAUUUUUUAUUUUUUGGAUGGAUCUUUUAUAAAGGGAUUUGUGUUUCUUUUAAUAAAUUUAAGGUGC